AUGACAUUAGAAUGGCGACCGUUUUACGAACUUUACACGGAUGUUACUUUCGGACGUAAUGAACGCAAUCUUGAUUGCGAUAAAAUCAGAGAUGCCGCAUUUACUCUCAAAGAAUUUUAUCCUUUAUCGGCAACGCGUGAAAUCCUUGAUGAGAUUCGUCCGUUCAUUGAUCUCUGGAAUGAUUAUGCAAUGGAAAAAUUCGUCAGUCUCUUUGCAGCUUUCAUCCCCUUGAAGAUGACAAUUGAAGAACAUCAAGAAUACGGUGCUGCU